AGGAUUCUGCUACUUCUGUGUCUAGUCGUAGGCCUGGACCAUAUAAUCCGCUGUACCAUUUAAUGUCAUUGCCUGGAUUUAGAUCAAAUUUGGUUAGUUCCGGGACCGCCAUUCCUGCUGAGAACAACUUACAUGGUACAAGUACUGAUAACAAGCUUGUUACUGGUAAUUUGAUAACAAACAAAUCUUCUAGCAGCCAUUUCACUCCAGCUUUUCAGAGAACACAUGUAUCAUCUUCUGCAGGUGAUAUGAGUAAAAUUGGUUUAGUUGAUGACAGUGACAACAAAGGAAAAAAUUAUCUUGGCAUGCCAAGAUUUAUGACAGUGAAAGCCACAAAUUGGGCAGUCAACACAACCGUGGCAUCUAAAGCUAGUUCUGUAUCUAACACAGUUAUCCACACCACACCACAGAGACAGACCUUCUUACCUAAUAAAACUGGCAUGGCCACUAAACCUCAAACACCUUACACAGUAUACAGGUCGUAUACUUCAGUAGAACAGUUAAAUGAUAACAGCCCUAAACCAUCCAUGAAGAGACACACUUUGAGCCUAAUGGAUCCCUUGAGUACCUCUCCAAUGUUCACUUUGUCUCCUGUUGAAAGUAACGAUGACAGAGUUUGGAAAUUUGGAUCUGAACCCUCUAUUCAUCAAACUUCUGUCAAUGCAACUAGACCUUUUUUAGAGAAGAACUUAAGGAAUGGGUCUGAAACUUCUGUUGAUCAAACAUCUGUCAAUGGUUCUUUAGAUAGCAUUCAAAAUGUUAAAAAAACAGCAAGCACAGCAUCAAGACCUAACUCUGAAUAUUCUGAAUCUACCCAAAGCACUAAAACUUUGACAGAAACAGAUUUGAUAAAUAGUGCUUCUAGACCUAUCUCUGAAUAUUCUGUAACUAGUGAACAAACUUUACUAGCAGAAGGUGAAGAUGUUUCAGAGGCCACAGAUACUCUUUCUAGACCUAUUUCUGAAUAUUCUGAAAAUAGCAAGACAAAAUUGUCAGAAAAUAUUCUACAAGGCAAAAAUGUUUUCAGAAAUUAUUCUGAUUCUGAUUUGUCAAGAAUCACUGAAUCCAAGACAGCACAAGAACAUAAUGUUAGUUCAGUGAUUAGUGAUUCUAAAAAUCUACUUGAAAAAACUUAUGACAGAGAAAAACAAGAAAAAUUUAUGCCCUUUUGGAAGGUGAUUGAUAAGAAAAUAGUUAGAGUUACUUGUUCUGAAGAAGAAUUUGAAAAAAUGAAAUUAGACAAGGUUUCAGCAAGGAACAUGGAAGUACAAAGGUCAAAUGUGAAAUCAGAUUUUAACCUUAAUGAAACAAAGGCAGAUUCCAAAUCACAACAGACUCUCAAAACAACUUUAGAUGCAAAAAUAGAAGUUUCCAAUAGUAUGGCCAAUCUGUUGAAUGAUAGUGGUACUAAAUCAUUCGAUAAGGAAGUACAGUUAAAACAAACAGGUGAACAAUCUGAUAAAAAUAUUGUUCUUAAGAAAGAAACAUCUCUGUCAACAGACAAAUAUGACAUUUCAAUAACAAGAAAUUUCUAUCCGAAAAGUUAUGGAAUUGACCAGGUUACAUUAAUUAUCCCUAAACCAGCUGAAGCAGUUGAAAUCCCCAAAUCUACUGGCACAGUUGAAAUUCUUAAGUCAGCUGUAGAAGAUGAAAAAAAGAAGAGCAAAGAGAUAGUAAACACUGAACAUACCUUUGACCCUCAGAAAAAUAAAGGUCAGAGAAAUGACACUAAUCAGAUUGAAAAUCAAGUUAAUGGUGAACUACAUUCUGUCAAAACAAAUAAUUUACAGAGCUCAGCAGACAGCAAGCAGUCUCAAAAUGCAUCACCAUUGAAGCCUUUAAAGACAUCAGAAUCUCUUCCAAAUUUAUGGACAGCAGAUUCAAGUUCAUUGGGAAAUGUGAAUGACAAAAACUUGACUGAAACAAGGGCAAAUUCUGUCAGAAAAUUGAAGGAGGACCAAAGCAAACAUUUAUUAGUUAAGGAACCACUAAUUGCAGGAAGCCUGGCGCUAAAGUCCGAGAAACUAACCAUCUUCAAAGAACAGCCAUUACAAAUCCAGAGUAAAACAACCAUGGCUACUAUACAUGAAACUGAAAAUGCAACUUCCCUAACAAUGUCUGUACAAGGAGUUCAGCAAAAAACAGGAAUGUCAAAAUCUGUUUCUGCUCCAUCUCUAUCUGCUGUGGCUUUGUCAGAAAAUACAGCUGAGAGCACCUGUAGUCCUUCCACAUCUUUGGACCUAAGUAUAGGUAUGUCUUCUCAGCCUGCAACAAUGACACUUGGUAGUACAGAAUCUAUUCCUUCAACACCUUCUCAACCAACUCGUAAAAAUUCUGGUACAACGAUGGGCCUAUCUGUAGUCAAACAGUCUUUUAAGGCUACACCAUUAAUGUUGACAUGCUCUGCUGUGUUUCCAGUAGUUAUAUCUCCUGUGAGGGAGGAAGAGAGAAGGAUAGCAUUAGUGAUGGCAAGAAAAGAUGAUGAAAAGAAAAAGGAUAUAAACAAAACACAGAUUUUAAAGGAAAAGAAGAGAUUAGCAAUCAACAAUGCCAGACGGCAAUGGGAGGUCAUGCAGGGUAAUAUGAUUAACAAAUCUGGUAAAUUGUCACGUACACCAGACUUGUAUGCAAAUCAUGUUGGAAGCAUACCAAAUGCAGAACUUGUUUCACCAGAUGGCGCUGAUGAAAAUAUGGAGGUGGAGUCUAUAAAUAGAACAAUUAUGCAUGGACCUCCACAUUUUUGCAAAAAGGUUGCCUUGGUAACCUCUGUAUAUGCUGUAGACAAUGUUUUCCCUACCCCCUGUGUUGACUCGGCCAGAAGGAUACCAGGUCCUUUAAUGUCAAUUUUUGGGGAACUUGAAAGAAAGUCACGACUGAGACAAUCUCAGUCAGAUGAAGAACUGAGUGAGAAACAAUGUAGUAGAGGAAACAGCCGACCAAGCAGUUCACAUAGCAGUACAAAUAUUGAUUUACCUGAUAUCCCUAAAGAACGACCAAGGACUAGUAGCAAUUCACGCAAAGUCGAUGGGACUAAAAACCUUAAAGAAACUAUUAUAUUUGGUCAAGGAGACAACAGAACAGCAACUGAUCUCAGUAACUUGGCUGACCUUGAAGGUGACACUUUGACCUUGUAUGGUACUCAAUCUUUAGAAGCCUUAGACAGAAAUUGGGGAAUGCAGGCAGCAGGAGCAGUUACUCAUAUUAUAUUCAAAUUCAUAGACUUUGAAGAUAUUGCUAAACAGUUAUAUAAAGUGAGAACAAAGUUUCCAGGUGUUCAGACAUUAACAUUCAGUGCUACAAAUAUAAGAAGUUAUCAGCAGAUCAAUGCAUUAUCUAGCGUGAGGAGAUUUGAUAAUUUGAUAGUAGAAAAUGAGGGAAAUCCUAUCACCAAAUUCACAUUGUGGAGGUCUUAUGUUGUCUUCAGACUUGCUCACUUUGCCUUGAAGAAAAUCAAUGAUAUGGAGGUUACAGCAGGAGAUAUAGUUAAUGCUGAGAAGCUGUAUGGUCCUGUUUCUCAUAUAACAACAUCACAACUUCCCCAGUCUAGGCUUCUGUCCUUGGUAGGAGAGGCAAGAAGGAAGCAAGUUUUGUCAAUAACAGAAGAUAAAUCCAAGAAAUUAUUAGAAGGGAAGUUAGAUAAAUCACAGAAUGAUUUUGUGGGUAGAGCUGGUUUGACACACCAGCCUGUAGAAACCGUCAACGUUAAACAACAGUGUCAUUGGACAAUAUACUCAGUUGAACAGAAUGCAAGAAGAAAUUUUGCUAGAAGUUAUGUAAAUGAAAUAACAAAAGAAGCGAUAUUCACGGACAGAAAAAGAAAUGAAUUAUUAAAACAGUGGCCAAUGAUUUUUCAUGAAAUGGUCUAUUCCUCCAUGAGUGACAUGUCAGACAUGCAAAGUUAUAUGAAAAAAUGUUUAGAAGAGUUAGAGAAAAGCUAGCAGUGGUAUAACAAUAGUUUUAUUGCCUUUUAAUGGGCCGUUGCUAAGUGCCAUGAGAAUGUCUUUCAUUAGUUCUUCUGAAUAGCCGUCCCAUGACGGAAAUAUUCCGCAUCUGUGACUGUGAUGUAUAAUGGCAGCAAGACGUCAAAAGAUGGUUAACAAUAUUGUGAUCACAUGGUAUUCAAGGGUACUUCAGAGAUGUGAAAGAAGUAAGAUGCACUUGCCAAAUCAAAGAUGAUGAAUGCACUGCGCAAAUGGAUUGAUUUAAGAAAUUUUAUUUAUUAUGAAUGAUUUGUUUCAAAAAAAAGAUUUCACUUGUGAAGAGACAAAUUAAUUUCUGAGAUUUUGAUGCAGUUUAUAUAGGUGCUUUUAUAUCAAAUUCUGUUGUGUAAAAGGAAAAAAAAGAUUUGAAUCAAAAACUUCUGCCAGCACAUAAAUGUUUUCAACACACAUACUAUUUAUUGGCUCAUAAAGGAUUCUGAGUAAUAAAUAAAAACUUGUUCAUUUUAUCAAACUGUUGUGAUUGUUCAAAUGUAUUUAAAAAAACCCAUAAAUUUCCGAUGUUUAAAGGUUUAAAUUAGAUAGUUCAUCUUCCUUAACAUAUAGUCAGAGAUUUUUCUGAUGGCCUGUUUUGUGGUCUUGGGACCAAGUCCAACAUGUCAAAAAACAGACCAUCAUAUGUCAGAGUAAUGGUCAAGGGCUUCUUAACAUACUUAAGUGUUAUCAUUUUACAUGUAAUAGAGUUUCUCCAAGAUCAAUGCACACAUUUUUUAUGAUAUUGUAUCUUGCCAUUUAUAUUUGUCUAUCAAUGGAAAUCAUUUAUUUGAUGUAGUUAAAAUUUGUAGAUAUGUUUCAACCUCAGAGUGAUUCAAUAUGCUUAUUUAGCCUUGUCAUUUGAAAUAAUUGGAAAAAAAGGUUAAUUUCAUAUUUGAAUUUAUCCUCAAAAUGCCAAGAUAACAAAAACAAACUAGUGAAACUUUCUUUUCAGUAUAAAUCUUGCACUAUUGACUAAUACAUGUUGUUUGUAUAAGGUAUAUCACUGCAUAAAAAAAAUCAACUUACAAGCCUGAAAAUCACUCAGUCAGAAAAUUUCUUUAAAUUUAUAUGGCAUGUUAGGGUCCUUUUCAAGGAAAAUUGCCUGGCCCAACAACAUUUUUGCUGGCCUAGGCUGUAGGGCUUGUGGUUAAUUGUCGAGAAUGCAAAUUGAAAAAAAAAAGCAGCUAAAAUUUUGCUCUAAGAUGCCUAAAAUUUUUAUAAAUUCAUUAAAUUCUGUUUGUUUGUAGUUGUUACCUAUUUGAUUUCAAGUGAACAUAACCUGUAAAAAAAUUAUGACAGUUCUCAGUUGGUGCUUUCUUAAGGACAGUAAUAAAGUAGAAAGUAAUGUAAAAUUUUCAACAAGCCAAAUUUAAGAAAAUGAAACCGUAUCCAGAAUCAUUUUGGGUUUUUGUAAUUCUUGGUUGCUGUCUCUCAUCCCACAUCUCCUUUUAUUCAAAGGAAAUAAGAUGAUAAAAUCUUUACACCGGUCAUCCUGUAAAAAGAUAUCUAUAACAACAGAUGGAAAAUGCUAAAUAUUUAGACUUAUAUGAUUUAACGACUAUUUUGUUUGAUUUGUUUAAUCUCAUACACAUAAGUUAUGCUAGUGCUUGAACUAUUUAUACAUUUUCAAACAGCAAUAACAUUUACGUUGUGGGAGCUUAUAACUCGCUAUAAGCAUUAAAUAGUGCUUAUAAAAAUGCAAUCAUAGACAGUAAAGCAGGCUUAUUAUAUGUAAACUAUGAUCCUCUGAAGAUAUUUGUGAUGAAAUGUAAUAUUUAACACUAUCACUUGGGUCAGUUUUCACUUUUAUGAAUUGGACAAUUUCAAUGUUAUAGAAUUCAUGAAAAUACUACAUUAAUUAGAGAAGAGAAUUGUUUUUAGUAUUUAGGAAUAAUAUGUUUAUUAGUGUAGAAACCUACAUUUUCCUUUGACUUGGCAUUGUUUGUAACUGCAAUAGCAUUUAACUGCAAAGGAUCAAAUUUGUAAUACAGGUAAAUUUGUGAAAUCCACAAAAUAAUUUGUUGCAUUUAUUUAAAAAAAAAAUCAAGUAUGAAUGGCUGUAAGGUCAAGAAAGAUAAUCUCAAAAUUGGUGAUUGGGUAGAUCUGUAAGAGUAAGAGAGAGAGAAAAGAUCAGCCUGUGUAUCAUAUCUUGUAUUAUGUUUUUAUGAAGAAGAAUGUAUGAUUAAUAUAUGUCUAUUUUGCAUUCUGAAAGAUUAGUGGAUGUUGUUUUGUAUGAUUGGAAAUACAUGUAGUGGGUAAAUGAUAUGGAAGAAGAUCCUUUAACCUUGGCUGCUACGGCUUACAAGUAUACUCAAAAUUGUAUAAAGGGAAAUUUUUACUCUUGUCUUUCAUGUUUUCACAAAAUUUAUGAUGUUCACUUUUCUCUGUCACUAAUUAUUUGUUGCAAAAUUUUCCUCAUUAUUUUUCCUUAAAGAUAUAUGGUUUGUGAAUGUUAAAAUAAUUUCUGAAAAGUUAAGGCAAGUUAGAUCUUUGGCUCUGGUCUCACAGUUAAAUAUAUGUCCAAUUUAUUAGUAUCCUUUCCAAUCAUUUAUGCAAACUUUUUAUGAAAAAAGGAUAUGAAAUUUUACAUGACUUUCUCCCAUUUUCAAUAAUUUAAACAAUGUUAAAGGAGACAGGAUAACACAAGCUUAAUUUAUGAUGUAUUAUUUGGUAAACAAAAUAUAUAAGUUAUGGGUAAAAGAUUUCCUUGAAUACUUGCUCAAAAAAGAUCAUUUUCAAAUUUAACUGAAAACAAAAUUCAAGUUAUUAGACAAAGGGAGAUAAUCCAUGCAUUUCUUAAAUCAAAAGAGGAGAGAUUGUAUGUUAGUUAAGUGAAUUUUGCAUGUUUUGUUUAACCAUUAAUUAAUUGUAAUUUUCAUGUCUAUUUUGUGCUCAAUAUUUUAUUUAUUAUUUGUUUGUUAAUGUUAUAAACAGUUAAUUGCCAAACUGUUUUAUUAAGAGGCUAGGUUAUAAUUAUUUCUUAUUCCCCUAAUUCACAUGUUGACAAGAAAAUGUGAUUAAUAUGAAAAUGUCACUUUAAAAUAAAGGUGAUUGAAGUUC